CAACCAAUAACAGUAUAAAAGGCAAAGGCCAAUCUGUGUUCCGCGUCAUAAUUCCAAAGGCACACAAAAUUCUUCCUUUGCGAGAGAGAAAUAGCGACGCUCUGGAUUCCACCUCCUCCCGUCCUUGGCGACGGUGUUUAUACCUCUUCAUCUUCAGGUUAGAUUGCACCUGACUUGGAUUUAAAGAGAUUUACUUUCCUUUUGAAGACAUGGAAAAAGCGUGCUUCUGGUCAAAUUGUUACCUUCUCCGAGUGUUUUCGUUCGAAGAAGUACUCGAUUGGCUGUUUCUUUUUCAUGGAGAUUUCCUUUUGGUUUCCUUUGUCAACUGCACUUAGUCCCCAGUAUCGUUUUAUCACUCAACACAGGAGCUGGAAUGCUAGUUUCUUCUGAGAUAGGUGUUGGAUCUUUCGCAGACUUCUUCAAGUCUGAACACACUUGUUAGACAGUUGGAAGUUGCAAGCUAGGCAUUAGCAUCUCUAGUUUUCAAUUAUUUUUCUGUUGCUCCUUAUGGAAACAGAUUAGUGACGAGAUAUUGGUGUAUUGAGCACUCUGCAACAGUUUCUAUUUAGCCGAGAUGCGUUGACUGCAAUUAAGUUUUUAAACCAAGUGAGAGUAUUUGAGCUUGGGAUCUGUCCUGUUUGAUAGAGCCAAUCAUUCAUUCUGGUUGCUUUCUGUCAGUAUGUUUUGUGGAGUUGAUCUGUUCCUCGUGUUUGGAACCAUGUUCUCUCCUUGAAGCUGUGUGUAUAGUAAUGAAUAAAGCUCUGAAGCCCAUCCGUCAUAAGAUUUCUGGUUUUAUGCUUUUGCAUGUUGCCUGAGGAAAUUGAUGAUGAACUGAGGUGACCAGAAACAUAGUUUGUUUAUGUUUUAUUGUUUCUAAUACAAUCAAUCUUCUACUGAAGAUAUAUGUCAUAGGACUACCAUUGUUUCUUACACAUCUGUUGAAUAAAGAAAGGGGUACUUUUUCUGCUGCAAGAAAAUGGAGAGGUACAAUAUACUUAAGGAAGUUGGUGACGGGACGUUUGGCAGUGUAUGGCGUGCUAUUAAUAAACUGUCUGGUGAAGUUGUUGCAAUUAAGAAAAUGAAGAAGAAAUAUUACACUUGGGAUGAGUGUGUGAAUCUGAGAGAAGUUAAGUCACUGAGGAGACUGAAUCAUCCCAAUAUUGUGAAGCUUAAGGAAGUUAUCAGGGAAAAUAACAUUCUGUACUUUGUGUUUGAGUAUAUGGAAUUCAAUCUUUACCAACUCAUGAAAGACAGAGAAAAGCUUUUUUCAGAAGUUGAAAUCAGAAAUUGGUGUUUCCAAGUUUUUCAUGGUCUUGCAUACAUGCAUCAGUGUGGAUAUUUUCAUCGUGACCUAAAGCCAGAGAAUCUGUUGGUUACUAGAGAUACAAUCAAAAUUGCUGAUUUUGGUCUUGUGCGGGAAAUCAGUUCACGACCUCCGUACACAGAAUAUGUGUCAACACGCUGGUAUCGUGCCCCUGAAAUACUUCUCAAGUCACACCUAUAUUCUUCAAAAGUUGAUAUGUGGGCAAUGGGUGCAAUAAUGGCCGAAUUGUUCACCUUACGUCCUCUUUUUCCUGGUGCUAGUGAAGCAGAUGAGAUCUACAAAAUUUGCGGUGUAAUAGGUACUCCAACUAUGACUUCAUGGCCUGACGGGCUUAACCUUGCAAGAGCCAUAAACUACCAGUUCCCACAGUUCCCUGGUGUGCAUCUGUCCAUGUUGAUUCCAUCAGCAAGUGACGAUGCAAUCAACCUUAUUACAUCUCUCUGUUCAUGGGAUCCUUCCAAAAGGCCAAUGGCUGCCGAGGCCCUUCAACAUCCAUUCUUUCAGAGUUGUUAUUAUGUUCCACCCUCUCUUCGUGCCAGAGCAGCUGUGUCUAGAACCCCUCCAUCAGUUGAGGGGAAAGGAACAUUGGAACAACAAUCAUAUAGGAGAAUCUCUGGGGCUCUACCUACUAAUGCGAAGCUGACUGACAACCAUUCAAUUGUGAAGACAAAUGCAUUUUUGGGCACAGGUGUGCAACGCAAGCUGGAUAUGGAUAAUCAGUAUCUUAGUUGGAAUGACAAGUCCUCGAAGAUCUCUGCCAAACAACCAAGGUAUUGGCCACCAGGAAGAAAGAGUCCAUUUGCUGCCGCAUCCAUCAACAAGGAUCGGAAUGCCAUUGGAGCUGAUGUAGCGAAUAAGUUGGCAAAUCUGACAAUUGGGAAAAGGAGGCCCUAUGUUCCGCCGUUAAGGCACUCUACUUAUAAAGGCUGGGGUUCAGUGGACAGCGGAGCCUAGCGACAUGUUUCGUAUACCGAUCCAUGUGAUACUUGGAUCAGCAGGAAAAGAAGUAGCAUGUGAUGUUGUUGAGAUGGCCUAGCGUCAUGGUUUCUGUAAUAAUAAUGCUUUUCAUUCGAUCGAUGGACCAAAUAUCCAAAUGAGUGAGCUUUGGUUUA